GCUAUGGUCUCACCAGUGAGAAAUGUCCUCGACAUUCGAUUGCGUGUCGAGUACGUAUUGAGAAGAAUUCGAUCGUUUGGUAUCAGAACAAAUUGUAUGAUCGAAACAUGUUCGCUUGUGUAAUGCCACAUGAAUAUCAACCAGAACGGAAGUCCGGUUGUAAACGACAACGUUCAGGAUCCGUGAGGUGUUGGUGCUAUGGACAGAGCAACUGCAAUAAUCCGGAGAACAGCCGCAAACUGUACAAAGCGUUCGCGAAAGGUGAUCCAGACGAGUUGGAACGAGUCAUCGAAGAGAUUGAAACAUCCGAUGUCUCUGACUACAACUAUAAUGAGCCAUUACUCAAAAUAAACGAACCAAUUGAUAUGGACGACGAUUCAAGUGAAGUGGUGGCUGAAUCAAAGGAACGCUCACAUUCUCGGACUCAUGAUCGUCAUCGUUCUUCAGCUGAAGUUAAGAAGUCAGCUGGGAAUGAAGAGCGACCGUCAGAACAUCAAGUAAAGAUUUCACCAACUAAACUUUUUGAACAUCCCAAAAAGGUUGAGGAACACCACCACCACCACAGAGAUUCGAAAGAAGCGCAUAAUUCUGAUCGACACGAUACAGUCAAAUCGAUCACGCCAGCCACUCAUCCAACCACAGAAACCGAGAAGAAGCCGGAGCCGAGAGCACGACUCGGUUUCAUGUAUGAAAGACCAGAUGACUCUGACUCUGACGCACUCUCAGAAGAUCAAGCAGACAGUUCAGAAUCGUUGUACACUGAAUCAGUGGCUGUGAUCAGGACACUGCCCACAGAU